CUGGCCCGCUGUACCGCCUAUGGUACCGCUGCGUUUGUGUUCGGCGUUUGCUUCUACGUGUCAGCGCCGCAUGUUUGCUGUCGUGAAAGCUUUGCGAUGGCAAAAGUCAGGAGCCCUGAAUUUUGCCCUUCCUACAUGGGCGAACUUGUAGGGCCGACGCGGGCUCGCUACAAAGAAAAGGUCGGAAUGUGCGACGGCGUGGACCCGUACCAGCUGCACGUUGGCGUGGAUACCAGUUCAGACCCCGAUGUGCUCCCCGCCACGACGUACGUGGAUAUUAUUAAUUAUCUUGUCCUGUCCACGAGCUACGUCACGCUGAACGAAAUGAAGGAUUACAAAUCGCUGGAGGCGCACAAUUACUUCAAGAGCGGUUGGGCGAGGAACGUUGCAGCGAAGCGCCUGUCGUCGGGUCUUAUCAUCGUCCUCGGCGAGGUCAGCCAUUCCCAAAGACUCCAGGACCCACCACUAAAAUCUUGGUUUUUGGCUAAAGCUGAUGGCUCUGUCAUCACAGCCCAUUGUACAUGCAUGGCAGGAGCUGGAGAAGCCUGCUCCCACGUCGGUGCCAUAUUAUUUGCUGUUGAGACGGCUGUACGCCUGAGAGAUGCAAGAACAUGUACAGAGAAGAGGAACGCAUGGCUUCCAGCCAGCAGCCCAGGCACAGAGUACAAGCGCCUCAAGGACAUAGACUUCUCGUCAUCGAGGAUGAAAAAGCAAAAGAUGGACAAUGUUCAUUUGCAGGUGAAUGACACACAGGUUCCGGCAUGCCCGACACAAGCGCAAUCAACUAGGCCACCUUCUCCUACAGAAGAAGAGAUUAAUUUGCUGUACUCAAGAAUAGCAGAUUCUGGAGUUAAACCAGCUCUCUUCAUGGUGCACCCCGUGUACAGUGCAAUGUUUCAGCCACCCCGCAGUAUAGAACCACGUGUCCUUCGGGAAUUGUCUAUUGCAGAGGCACUGUCCGAGGACCUGGACACACUCGAGUGUGCUCAACGUGGCGAAGAUUUCCUUGCCAACCUCCACAUGGGUGACUUGCCAACAAAUGGGUGACCAUGUUGAAGGUAGCACAAGAGUUCCAACUGCUCCAAAUGGUAUCGCUAUCGCGCAGGGCAAAUUACCGCUUCUGUUUUGAAAAGUGUGUGCACCACAAGCGUGAAUGAACUUUCAGUCAGCCUACUGAAGAAAAUGUGCUACCCAGAACAGCACAAGUUCACUGCUGUAUCAACAACGUGGGGGCUGCAACAUUAACGUGACACCAUCAGGACCUAUGCAAAAGAAAUGGUGCAGCAGCACACAAGCUUCGAGCACUUCAGGCCAGGGGUCUAUUUGUGUACACAAUACCCAUACCUUGCUGCCAUGCCAGAUGCAAUGGUCAAGUGCAAAUGCUGUGGUGAAGGUGUUGCUGAAGUUAAGUGCCCUUACACCCUUGCUAGUAGUGUGGCAAGCAAUGAUCCAAACUUUUGCCUUGAGAAUUGGCAUAGGAACCAGACCCUGAAGAGGACGCACCCAUAUAACUUUCAGGUCCAGGCUCAGAUGGCAGUGUGUAAUGUUGCGUACUGUGACUUUGUAGUGUGGACUCCGUUAUCUAUGCACAUAGAGAGGGUUCUCGGGGACGAAGCAUUUUUUGAUUCUGUAGUACCAGCUGCAAAGAAAUUCUUCACACAUGUCAUUAUGCCAGAAUUAUUUGCAGCUUACUUCACGCGGAAAGCGACAACAAACAAGUGCGCUGACAACGCAUAAAACGCAUAUUGCUUUUGCAGAGGCCCAGAAUCUGACAAAAUGCUAGCAUGUGAUGACCCAGAGUGCAAAUAUCGGUGGUUUCAUCACACCUGUAUCGGUAUCACGAGGGCCCCAAAGCAAAAGCACUGGUACUGCGAGGAGAAAUAAACAAGCCAUCAGUCCUGACUAAUGAACAAACUGCCCAUGCAACGAGUUAGUUCAAGUUAUGGUGCCGUCGUUGUUACAUUGUCAUCAUCACAUUGUAAGUCACACCAUCGCCUUCAAACUGACCUUGUCAAGACACAUCACAGUGGUGAGAAUACUACUACAGUCACUCUAACGUGCAAUUUCUAACCGAUAAGGUGCUACCACCGGGACUGUUUUGGGAACCUGUACUAUUAUUUUGUGACUGAAACUUCAAGUACGACUUCACAAUAUGAAAGCUUGACUUGAUCACCUUUUUUUGCAACAAAGUACUGUGUGCUGUAAAUUUGUAUUCUCUUCUGGGCUGACUUGCGAGUUUGUCAGCAUGGCCUAAGUAUUGGAGAUAAGCUUGUUUCGCGGCUUCUGUGUGGUGUGUUUUGGAGUCAUAAACAGCUUAGAUCAAUGAUUGUGAAUUUAUAAUUUUUUUCCGUUUGCUGAACAUGAUUGACCUGCACUAUUGUAAGUGGUACAGUGCGCAAUAUUUACAAUGACAAGACCUGUGUAAUGAAGCGUUUUGGAGAAAAGGGGAGUCAAACACUGCAUGUGUCGUUUUUUGUGCUCGCGAGGGUUUCGACGGGAAUUCAGGGCACGGGCUCCUUUCCCAAGCGUACAACCCCUGAAGGAACCCAAACGCCAGGCCGGGGUACGCUUGUGCCCAUUUGAACUGGUGGGUGCCCGGCGGCGGUGUGAAUCGAAACAAACAAAAGUAAAAAAGGCGUUUUUUUAUAUCCCUACAAUUUCACCAUAACAAGGUUCUUUAUUUAGUUAUUGAUACUGUCAACUCAGCAAAAGGUCAUAACAGGAGUAGAACAAAUACAGUAAAAAAACAAAAAGUGUAGUUCACAAUUUCUAGGCAGGAUGCAGAAAUAAAAGCACUGCAAGUGGUGCAGGAGAAA